ACGCCCCCAUGCAUCCCCACGCCCGCCCCUCCAGACGGCUUACUUACCUCAUAUGCAGCUCAUCUUAAACCAAUAGAAUCGCUCGGUGGACGAGAGUGUCUGACUCAGAUAUCUACCUCGGAGGGAGUUUCUGCUACUUUAGGGAAUUAUUGACUGGGCUUUGGGGUUGAACUUUUUUUUUUUUUUAAAGAAAGAAAAAGAAACCCUGGGAUCCAUCUGUUUUUUUUGUCGUUGUUGUUGUUUUUGGUGGUGGUGGUGGUUCUUAAUUUUUAAUUUAGUUUGGGGAAGCAGCUUUUUUUUUUAUAAAUAUGUUGAUUUCUUGUCUUUUUUUUUUUUAAAUUUCUUACUUUCCCAUAUUAGGGGUGAUAGCCAAAGGGGUCCUGGUAAGAGAAAGGGGGGACAAACAGAACUGGUGAAGAGGCCCUCCUGGCUCCAGGCCUGUCCAUCAGGAAGUAAAUUUUACAGGGCACCAAGCUUUGCCCCCUAAAAUCACUUACGUGUUCUUUGCUCAUGCAGGCAGUUUCUGCCGCAUUUGGUGUGGAGGCAGUGAAGGGCUUGCCCUGCUGGCCUCUCAUGCCCCUUCUUCCCACAAACCUUGGGCAGGGCUGGACUCAGUAAUUUUGAGGAAAUCGAAGAUGCCAUCUUCCCCUGUGAGUGACAUGUCUUUAAUUUUUUAAAAAACUACUAUUUGAAAAUUGGAGGGGGAAGAAUGGGAAGGGAGUUAUUGCCAAAUAUGUUAAAUAUGGGUUGGGGUGCUUGUAUAUGUAUCUUCCUCAAUUUCCCCAGAAAUGAGGUAUCUUUUUGUCACACCAAAAUCAAGUGGUAGGGAGAGGGAGGAGGUUGCAAAAAGCCAGGUGUGGGGGAAAAGUAAAAUCAACACUGUCCCAUCCUCAGCCCUAAACCCUACCAUCUGAUCCCCUCAGACAUUCUCAGGAUUUUGCAAGACUGUCAGAGUGGGGAACCCCUCCCAUUAAAGAUCUGGGCAGGACUGGGGACACAUUGGAAGUGUGAUGGGUGGGGGGGUGGGAGGCAUGGGCUGGGGGCAGUUCUCUCCUCACUUGUAAACUUGUGUAGUUUCACAGAAAAAAAACAAAAUGCAGUUUUAAAUAAAGAAGUUUCUUUUUUUCCUGGGUUUAGUUGAGAAUUUUUUUCAAAAAACAUGAGAAACCCCAGAAAAAAAAAAAAUAUAUUUUCUUUCACGACGCUCCAAACAGGUUUCUCUCCUGUCCCCUAGCCUUGCCUUCACGAUGCAGUCCCAAUUGCACCCUUGCAAACAACAGUCUGGCCUGAACCCUAUUGAUGCAACCUUGCCCAGUCAACAUGGGGCUCCAGUGGGUCACCAGGCAGCCCUGAUGGACUGAUGGAAUAAAUAGGAUAGGGGGCUCUGAGGGAAUGAGACCCUAGAGGGUACACUCCCCAUCCCCCAGGGAAGUGACUGUGCCCAGAGGCUGGUAGUGCCCAGGGGUGGGGUGGUAAUUAUUUCUCCAGUACCUGAAGGACUCUUGUCCCAAAGGCAUGAAUUCCUAGCAUUCCCUGUGACAAGAUGACUGAAAGAUGGGGGCUGGAGAGAGGGUACAGGCCCCACCUAGGGCGGAGGCCACAGCGCGGAGAGGGGCAGACAGAGCUAUGAGCCUGGAAGGAAGCAGGAUGGCAGCCGGAGCAGCAGUUGGAGCCUGGGUGCUGGUCCUCAGUCUGUGGGGGGCAGUAGUAGGUGCUCAAAACAUCACAGCCCGGAUCGGUGAGCCACUGGUGCUGAAGUGUAAGGGGGCCCCCAAGAAACCACCCCAGCAGCUGGAAUGGAAACUGAAUACAGGCCGGACAGAAGCUUGGAAGGUCCUAUCUCCCCAGGGAGGCCCCUGGGAUAGUGUGGCUCGUGUCCUUCCCAACGGCUCCCUCUUCCUUCCGGCUGUCGGGAUCCAGGAUGAGGGGAUUUUCCGGUGCCAGGCAAUGAACAGGAAUGGAAAGGAGACCAAGUCCAACUACCGAGUCCGUGUCUACCAGAUUCCUGGGACGCCGGAAAUUAUAGAUUCUGCCUCUGAACUCACGGCUGGUGUUCCCAAUAAGGUGGGGACAUGUGUGUCAGAGGGAAGCUACCCUGCAGGGACUCUUAGCUGGCACUUGGAUGGGAAGCCCCUGGUGCCUAAUGAGAAGGGAGUAUCUGUGAAGGAAGAGACCAGGAGACACCCUGAGACGGGGCUCUUCACACUGCAGUCGGAGCUAAUGGUGACCCCAGCCCGGGGAGGAAAUCCCCAUCCCACCUUCUCCUGUAGCUUCAGCCCAGGCCUUCCCCGACGCCGGGCCUUGCACACAGCCCCUAUCCAGCCCCGUGUCUGGGAACCUGUGCCUCUGGAGGGGGUCCAAUUGGUGGUAGAGCCAGAAGGUGGAGCAGUAGCUCCUGGUGGAACCGUAACCCUGACCUGUGAAGUCCCUGCCCAGCCCUCUCCUCAGAUCCACUGGAUGAAGGAUGGUGUGCCCUUACCCCUUUCCCCCAGCCCUGUGCUGAUCCUCCCUGAGAUGGGGCCUCAGGACCAGGGAACCUACAGGUGUGUGGCCACCCAUCCCAGCCACGGGCCCCAGGAAAGCCGUGCUGUCAGCAUCAGCAUCAUCGAACCAGGCGAGGAGGGGCCAACUGCAGGCUCUGUGGGAGGAUCAGGGCCAGGAACUCUAGCCCUGGCCCUGGGGAUCCUGGGAGGCCUGGGGACAGCCGCUCUGCUCAUUGGGGUCAUCUUGUGGCAAAGGCGGCGACGCCAAGGAGAGGAGAGGAAGGCAUCAGAAAACCAGGAGGAAGAGGAGGAGCGUGCAGAGCUGAAUCAGUCGGAGGAACCUGAGGCAGGCGAGAGUGGUACUGGAGGGCCUUGAGGGGCCCACAGAGAGAUCCCAUCCAUCAGCUCCCUUUUCUUUUUCCCUUGAACUGUUCUGGCCCCAGACCAACUCUCUCCUGUAUAACCCCACCUUGCCAAACUUUCUUCUACAACCAGAGCCCCCCACAAUGAUGAGUAAACACCUGACACAUCUUG